GGGGAAGGGAAAAACCAAAGUAUUAGGGCAGAUGGAAUAAGCGGUAACGAUGCCAGAGGAGCGCCAGGCUCUCUUGACAAUACUCAAACAAAGGGGGAAGGAUAGAAGAGAAAAGACACCAAAGACCAGCUCUAGAGGUUGACACGCUUGCUGAAGAGAGAAGAAGAGAGGGAGAGGAGGAGAAGGGAAAGCGUAUUAUGGAGGAAGGGCGCUUGUCGCACUGCAGCGACCAGCUCAUCCACACCACUGAGCGUGGGCGGAAGAGUGCAGGCAGCGCGAAGUCGAGCAGGCUGUGUGGUGGACUCGGGAUGGGCAGCGCUACCAGCCGCGUCGUGAUUGGACUGCCUCGCCCCACCUGGCUUCCAACACGGGCCAUGCUUUGCAGCCCGGCCAAUCAUGCGCGGUUUAUUUUGGAUGGAGGUGAAUGUCGAGCAUGUCGUGCAUGUAUACCAUAUGUACUUGGCGGGGAACGUCUUGCUCGUCGACACGUUCGUUGGCACGCACCCACCACACCUCGUGCACUACUCGGGCGAAAGCGAUGGUGGUGUCAGCGAGAUGGCACUGAUUGAUCGUCGAGCGUAGUACAGCAUACGAGGGUGAAGAUG